ACGGCGGUUAGCUGGACGGUGGUGACUGGACAGGCGGAGGAGGAUCAGCGGGGCGAAUGUUCACGUUAACCGAGCGCGUGAAGAUAAUGCUGGACGGUAAAACCUGAUGAAGUUCACCAGAGAUAUCUGCCGGCUGCUGGGUUUAGGAGGCGGAGGGCCAUGCGAGGAGGGGAUGGAGGUUCAGCAUGGAGCUCCUGACAUGACAGACAGAAGAAAAGACCAAGGCUCAUCACAGGUGAUGCUGAACAGUGAGGAGGGUUUGGAUGAUGAUGAGAGAACGAAAAGGAGAGCCGAGAGGAGGAGAGCUAAAAGGAAAAGGCAGAAGGAACGGAAGAAACUGGAGAGAGAGGAGAGGAUGGAGGAUGCCUCAGAGCAGGAAGACGAAGCGACUGGAGCGGCGUCAGAAAGUGAAAGUGAGGAGGAAUUGAAAGAGGAGGAGAAAUGGACCUCUGUUCGUCCCCGAAACAAAUGCAGCCCUGAAUCAGUCCCUGCCCUUCUGACAAGACAGAACAAGAGCAACGGCCAGCUGCCCUACAGAACCUCGGAGGAGGAGCCAGAGUGGGACGUCAGCAGUGCAUUUGUGGCCAACGCUGCGAGCCACAUCAAACUCAAAGCCUCGAAGAACAGAGCGAUACAGAUCUCCAAAGAGAACAAGGAGAACGAGGCCAGGAGCAGCCAGGUGGAGAGCACAGAAGAAAUGAAAAGGAGGGGGGAGGCUAUGACAGUGCAGGGCAUUCAGUUGUUCGGGCAAGGCCAGUACAGCCAGGCUGUGGACAUGUUUACAGAAGCCAUCUGCUGUGACCCUAAGGACCACAGGUUUUAUGGAAAUCGCUCGUACUGUUAUUGGUGUCUGGAGCAGUACUCCUCUGCCCUGGCAGACGCUCAGAGGUCCAUUCAGCUGGCUCCUGAUUGGCCGAAGGGAUACUUCCGUAAGGGGUGUGCUCUGUUGGGGUUAAAGCGGUACAGUGAGGUAGAGGAGGCCAUGGAGCAGGUGUUAAAGUUGGAUCCUAACUGUAAGGAAGCGUCCAGUAAACUCUUUACCUGCCGGGUCCUGCAGCUCAUGAGGUUGGGUUUUGAGGAAGAGCAGAGUAAGCUGCUGCUGGAGAAGUUCACCACAGUUCAGGCGGUGAUCAACUCACCCGAGACCCAAACACUGAAGCACAUAUCUCAGCAGGACCAGAGUGGGAGCUGUCGCUCUCUUUGGGUUGGGAACAUCACGUUGGAAGUUACAGAGAAAGAGCUCUGGGAUCUCUUCAAAAUGUUUGGUGAGAUAGAGAGCAUCAGAGUUCUUCAUGAGCGUUUCUGUGCCUUCAUCAACUUCAAGAAUGCCAACAUGGCUGCCAACGCCCUGGAGAAGCUGCAGGGGGUGGAGCUGGGGGGCAUUAAGCUGGUGAUGAGGUACCCAGACCGUUGGAUCCAGCGCACCCUGCCCCCCAUACAAAGGACCAACACCAGCCUCAACUCCAUCGCUGCAGGAACACAGCAGAGUGUAGCUGCCAUAGGGUCCAGACGUUGUGCACCUAUAAAUGGAGACGAGUGCUUCUACUGGCGGACCACAGGCUGUUUCUAUGGCGACAAGUGCCGAUUCAAACACAUACCAGACCAACGAGGUCGAGACAAGAAACCAUGGCAACCCUGACUGUGCCCUUGACCCUCCCAAACGGAGCACCAGAGUUCAUAAAAGAAGGAUUUACAAAGAAAAAGGAGACGAGGAAGAGGAAGGACAGUGACCAGAGUGGAAGAUGAUCUGCCUGAGGACACUAACAGCUGAAUGUGUGUGUGAGGUAGAGAGACAGAUACGGUAUGUAUGUGACUGUCAGAGUCAGAGGUUUAAUUUAUUGGAGGCAUCACUCAGGAGUCUCUUGGCUCCAUUUGGAUCCUAUAAUAACAAGAUGAACUCCUCGCUUCUGCCUGGAGAUCCCUGCUCUGUCAGAAGAGGGUUGAUCUGCCAUCAAAAGGAUUUACCUGGAUAAACAGGUUUUGUUGAACCAUAAUGGAAACACUACGUAAACCAAGAUCAGUGAUGAUCUUUGUCUGUUUAACAUAAACAUUGUCUCUUUAAAGGUCCAGUGUGUAGGAUUUAGGGGGAUAUAUUGGCUGAAAGGGAAUAUAAUAUUCAUAAUUAUGUUUUCAUUUCUGUACAAUCACCUGAAACUAAGAGUUGUUGUUUCUUUACCUUAGAAGGAGCUUUUUUUAUCUACAUAUGGAGCAGGUCCUCUUUCACCGAGUCAGCCAUGUUGAUUCUACAGUUGCCAAGAACAAACAAACCAAACAUUGGCUCUGCAUAGAGCCAUUUUAUUUUUAUGUUUUUGCAUCGGCCACCGUAAUUCUCCUACGCGCUUGGUACAUGAGAGAGAUUUUAGCUCUGCAAAUUCUCUCCCCUACAUAUCACUAAAUCCCACACUGGUGCUUUAACUCCAAUCUUGGAUUGUUUAAAGCCAAGAGUUAUUUUCAUAUCUUUGCAAGAACAUUUAAAAUGUAUAAAUAUUUGGACAAAACAAUAAAUCUGUGA